AUGAAAAAGAUGUUCUUCAAUUACUAUAAUGCUUACAAUCACUAUACUGCUUUGGCAAAUUCUGUUUACCAUGAAGAGUUUGUGAUUUCCUCCCAGAAGCAGUGGUGGUUUCAAAUGGAAUAUGUGUCCUUAAGGGAGCUGAUGAUAAAAGCUCAGUACCAGAAGUUGCGUAUAUUUCUCCACGAGGAGGAGCAACUGCAGCUGCAGGCCCUGCACAGAGAAGCACAGGAGAUUUCCCAACAGCUCAAGGGUAGUGAAAUGAGAAUGACCCAACAGAAACACCAGGUGAUGAACACGUACAGAGAGCUGGCUGAGGUGUGUCACAAGCCUGACAUGGAGUUACUCCAGGAUAUGCAGAGUGUAUUAGAAAGAGCAGAGCUGGUGCAGAUGCUCCGUCUCCAGGGGGUGAACCCAGAGCUGACAUUGCGGAACAUCACUGGACUCAGAGAGAUGCUAAACAACUUCAGAGUGGAUAAUGGUCUGAGGAGGGAAGUGGCCCGCCGCUAUGUAAGCUUCUCUGAAGAUCUCAGAAGCACAAUAUUUGGAGAAGAACAUCGCAGUGCUCCCAACCAUUCCCAGAGAGCAGAGAGCUUUGCUGUGUGGGGUGCUCAGACCUUCACCUCUGGCCAACAUUACUGGGAGGUGGAUGUGUCAUCCUCUUCCACCUGGAUUUUGGGAGUCUGUUAUGAUUCCAGCACAAGUGAUACCAGCAACAUUAUUCAUUUUGAAGAAGCAUUUCUCCUGGCCUCCCUGAAGAGUAACAACCAUUACAUCCUCUACACCAGUGUUCCACCCUUAACUCACUAUGUGAAGAGGCCCCUGAGUAUGGUUGGGGUGUUUCUGGAUUGUGACCAUGGAACAGUGGGUUUCUAUGAUGUUGACAAAGGUUCCCUCAUACAUUGUAACGUUCCAACCCAGUUUACUUCUCCUCUGAAUCCCUUUUUUUGGCUUGGCCCCCCAUGAAAUGUCAGGUUUGAUGAUGAUUCUUUGUGAACUCCCAUAUGGAGGAGCUCGCCACCCUGGGAUAUUUUUAUGUGAGACAGCAGGAUUGUUUUGGAGCACGUUGUAACUUCAUGAGCACAGUGUCAUCAUAAUUAGAGCUUGGUUAGAAACCACACAGCAUACAACUGCAAUGAAUAUAUGAACGUUUUCUAUUAAAAUUUAUUUUAGUAAAGAACUUUGAAACUUUCACAGUUAUCUGACCCCAGUACUGUUUCAUCAUCCUGUAAAGAAAUUCAAUGUCUAUUAGUGUACACUCCCCGUGGGCAUACCUCUUAACUCCAACACCUGAAAAAUCCUUUUCUACUUUUACA